AUGUCUUAAAUAAAGUUUUUUUUACUCCAUUAGGUGUGUUUUGGAUAAGGUUUGUACUUAGCAAAUUCUUAAAAUAAUUGGAAAAUAGAUAAGAAUUGUAGAAUGAAAUGUAUUAAAGUAAAGUUUGAGUUAAUAAAUGUAGUUUAAUCGAUGGGAACUUGAAUUUGAAGUUAGAGAUGAGUAAUUAGAAUAUAAAUAUGUGAUUGCUGAUUAUGAUUAUCCAACAUUAGAAACAUAAAUUUGGGAAAGAGGGCACAACAGAAAUUUUAUUAAAUCUAAAUAAAAUAGUUCUUAUACAAUAAGUAUUAAAUCUAAUUCAAUAAUAUUAUAGAAGAUAUGUGGGAGAAAAGAUUGAUUUCUCUUAAAUUAAUGGCUUUAAAUAAAAAUUCUUUAGCCAUUGUAUUUGGGAACUUACCUGCUUUGACAACUCCUAUUCAAAUGAAAUUAAGAGAAAAGAAGUCUAUGAAGUAUUUUACUGCUAGAUUUUAUAUUGAUAUCACUUAUUCGGAUUAAGUGAUUCAAUUUCAAUACUAUUUGCUUAUAAAAAAUCCAAGUAUUAGAUUUCUAUUAAAAUUUAAGCUCCUAUAGAAUUGAUUAGUACUCCAAUUAGUCUUGGCAUUUCGGAAAGAAAUUAAGAAAUAUGUCAAGCAAUCUCCUUUUAUAGAAUUGCUCUAUGUUGA